GUAAGUCUCCGUGUUUCCGGGUUUAUGCUGACGCGUCCCUCUUGUCCUCGUACACCGACGUGUCAGUCUUGUUGAGAGCAGAGAGAGCAGAGUAGAGUAGCAGACAGGCCGGUUAUUUUGUACAGACAUGGCUCCUAAAGGCAGCAAUAAGCAGCAGUCAGAGGAAGACCUACUUCUUCAGGACUUCAGCAGAAACCUUUCAGCCAAAUCCACCGCUCUGUUUUACGGAAAUGCACUUAUCGUUUCUGCCAUCCCCAUCUGUGAGUAUCAAAGACAUGAGAGCUGCUAGCUGCUGCACACUACUGAGAUAACACUUAUCCAGUUUAAUGUGACUUUUUUAAAGUGAUAUGUGCAUAAAGAGUGCCCUGUACGAGCUUAGUUAUCACUAACACUUUAAAAACCUUACAGUUUGAUCUGUAAGCAUCUGUAAGUGUUGCCGGUUUGAUUGAAGCUAUUGUUAGCAAUGCUGUAAAGUGUGAUUGAGUUGACCUAAAGCAUGUUCAAGUCAAAUUUAAAAUGAUAUUACAUUGCCAGAGUUACAUUAUUUGUGUCACAAUGAUUAGUAAGCUUACAAAGUUUACCCAGUUGAAUGUUUAUUCGUUUGGUUUACUACCCAUAUUCAUUCAAAACUGCAUUUCCUGACCUGAUCAUUGAGUGAUUCUGUCUUUCCAGGGCUGUUUUGGAGGAUCUGGCACAUGGACCUUGUCCAGUCUGCUGUAUUGUACGCUGUAAUGACUCUGGUCAGCACCUACCUUGUGGCUUUUGCCUACAAGAAUGUCAAAUUUGUCCUCAAACACAAGUAAGAAUUAAGAUCCACUACUCUCAAUGUUCUACUGCGUUUUUUUUACACCUAAACAACCUUUUAUAGUUUUUGUGUUUCAGGUUCCAAUAUGUACUGUAUUAUGGAGGCUGAUCACAGUUUUUUUUUUUCAGAGUGAUUACUUGAGAGAGCUUCUGGUGUCAAACUAACAGACCAAAGAUACUAUUUUUACACCCAAGAAUAACAAAACAUGCAGCAAAUCCUUUCUUUUACAUAAAAGGUGAUUUAAACAUAGGGUUUACAUAUUUGCGUGUUAUCAGUGAAGCAGUCAGUUAACUGAAUAGUAGGCAAUAGUUAUCUAUUAUCUCACUUGUCAUUUAUGUUUUAGUAGCUACAGCUCAAGUGCUCUUAUCACUGUCCCACUGCUGCUAAACAAACUUUGGAUGUACAAAUGACAAAUCAAUAUAUCAAGCAAAAUUUUCAACAUUUAUAAUGUGUGUGUUACUACUGAUGAUAACAAGUCCUUACAUUGUCUGUUGGCUGAAACCAUAAAUUGGUCAGUUUUUGAGCAAAAAUAACAGAACAGUUGUGCUUACAUAUUUUUGAUUGUUUCAAACUUUUAACAGUUAUAGUAAUAGUAAUAAUAAUAAUGUAUAAGAUUUCAUAUAGCACUUUAUCAGAGACCCUCAAAGCGCUUUUCUCUCUUUACUCUUCAGGGUUGCCCAGAAACGAGAGGAUGCUGUUUCCAAAGAGGUUACCAGGAAGUUGUCUGAGGCAGACAACCGCAAGAUGUCCCGCAAGGAGAAGGAUGAAAGGUGAGAUAUUUUUUUUCCCCUCACAUUUAAGACUCAGAAGGACUGUUGGUCAGACUUAAUGACUGGCCUGACUCAAUUUAGGUGAACAAAUGAAACGUAUUCAAUGCCUUGGUUUUGUCUGGGCAUGUAUUUGGUACAGUGGUUAGUUUUGGAUUCUCAGUUUGGUACAUUUUCAGUUUAGUAAGGGACAGAAACACACUACAUAAGAUGUUUUUUUCCAUGGAGGUCAGUGAGCUUUUACUCAGGCUUGUAAGUCUGCUCAGAUCCCUUUUUUAUUAGUAUUUGAAAGGUAACAUCAUGAAAAUAAUUAAUAUAAAGAUAAAAAAGCAUUGCAGUAAACAAAAAAGGGUCCAAAAUUAUUAUUUUUAUUUUUGGCAGAGCAAGAGGCUUGAUUUAUAUCUUUUUCCUAAGAGAUGACAUGUGCAAUGUUCAGUUAAUGGGUGUACUUUUCACUCACUCUGGCCUUCCUGUAAAGGACACACACAUUAUUGAUCACAGGUUACCACUUUUUUAAGUUUACUGCACAAACCAAUAACAGGUUAAAAAGGUUUAAAAUGCAGUUUGUUUUGAGGUGACUUGUUGAGAAAACACUGAACUUAAACUAAUGUUGCAGUAGCCUGAACAUCGCUGAACUGAAGUGCCAUACUUAAAUAAAUUGGUACAAUUACAUGUACCUUUACACUCCCACUAAAUGACAAAUUACUCAGUUGACAAAUCCCCUUUUCAUCGAGAAAAUUAGAGAAUUCCCAUAAAACAUAUUGUACACAUUUGGCAUCGAAAGUUUGAAUGAUUGAAUCAUUUUAUUUUUUCCUUAUUUUUACCAGAAUCCUGUGGAAGAAGAAUGAGGUUGCAGACUAUGAGGCCACCACCUUCUCCAUCUUCUACAACAACACUCUCUUCCUGGUCCUUGUCAUUGUCGCCUCCUUCUUUCUCCUCAAGAACUUCAACCCCACAGUGUAUCCUUUCAAAUAUACAUGCCAUAAAACCAUCAUCAUCUUCAUGUGAUGUCCACAAAGAGUGAUGCUGUAGAUUUUCACAUAAAUUCAUCCUACAUUUUUGUCAAAUCUAUUUCAUACUGUGUGUUAUGAUGAUCUCUGCCAAUGCUUGUUUUUUCCUUAACCCUCUCUAUCAGGAACUACAUCCUGUCCAUCAGUGCCUCCUCAGGACUCAUAGCUCUGCUGUCCACAGGCUCCAAGUAAAAGCCAAAAAAAAAAGCUGGUGGGAACAAGGGUGGGACUGGGUUGAGGGGGAGGAAAGGGUCAAAAAUUGGUAAAUGCGAAAAUGUUUUUCACUCAAGUUAGAAGAGGGUUUACAGGAGGAUUAAAAUACUACAUUUCAGCUUCAUGAAAUAAUGAUCAAAUGUAUCAAGAGAGUUUCUCCAGGCCUGUCUCUGUCUUUUUGUAACAAAUAAAGCAAACAGUUUACUUAUCCA